AUGAUGAUCCCCCUUCGUGACGCUCCAGUGAUCUACAUGGACGGCACGUUUCGAGUUGUGCCCGAACUGUUCUUACAAUUAUACACUCUGCACGCCUUUUAUAGAGGCCAGAUGAUCCCGUUUGCUUUCUUUUUGUUACCGGAUAAGCAAAUGGGGGCCUAUUGCCGAAUUCAGCGAGGAAAAGAGAGACUGGCCCACGACGGGUAUCUGUACGUGUUCGCGCAAAGGAGUAAGGAUCAACAGACAGAGUUCUGGCGCUGUCAAUACAAGGCCAGCAAAAGUCAGAAGUGCACGGCCCGCGUUCAUAGGUCUGUUAGAACUGGGGAGAUCACGAUCAAAGGCGCUCACACUGACAUGCCGAGUUCAGCAGCUAUAGAAGUCCAACAGAAGAAGGUAGCGAUGAAACGUCGAGCGGUGGAGACUCUAGAAGCACCGCAGCAGAUCAUCAACAAGAUACGUGCUACUUCGUCGCUGGCUGCCAAGGGGAGCAUCGAGAGCAAUAAAUCGCUGACAAGGACGAUACAAAGAAUUCGCAAUCGUGUCGGAAUACCUUCGGUGCACUACACGGAUCGUCGGGAUAUCGUCAUCCCUGAAGAAUAUCGAGUGUAUGAAAGUAGCCCCGGGAUUGUGGAACGGUUCUUGCUCGGUGACUCGGGAUCCGACGAUCCCAACAGGAUCUUCCUCUUCGGCAGAGAAACGGUGGCCUCCUGGAUCGGGGGAGUUUCGAAAAUCUACUGUGACGGGACCUUUAGUUUGGCCCCGAAUGAGUUCGCCCAAGUCUUCGUGAUCCUUGCGGAACGUCCAGGAUGCGUGACCCCGAUUUGCUACGCUCUUCUGCCGAAUAAGUCGGAAGAAUCGUAUUGCAAGAUGCUCGAUAUGUUAACACUCGGAUGGCCGGCCUUCAACCCGACGAGCGUUUCCGUAGAUUUUGAAAAGGGCCUGAUGAACGCGUUCAGCGCCUACUUCCCCGAUGCUCAGAUUCAGGGAUGCUUCUUUCAUCUUGUGCAAAACAUGAAGAAGCAAGUCGCGGCUCACGGUUUGAGCAGAAGAUAUCGUAACGAACCGGAUUUCGAGCUCAAGGCAAAGAUGAUCUCGGCGCUCGCGUUCAUUCCCCCAGAAAGACUGGAGGUCGCGCUCCGCGAGCUCCGCAGUGAUUUGCCAGAGGAAUUACAGACAGUCCUGGAUUACUUCGAAGACAAUUAUAUCGGACGUCUCCAGGCUCGCGGCGAUGGAUCUCUGACACGCCGGAACCCGUUGUUCCCGGUUUCCAUGUGGACCGUCUACGAGCGCUCGCUUCGAGGGGAAUCCCGGACGAACAACUACGCGGAAGCGGCCCAUCGCAGUCUUCAGCGCCAGUUCCGUGUCGAGCACCCGGGGAUGCUCAAAUUCAUUGACGGAAUCCGUUCUGUGCAACAGAGCAAGGACGCCGAUUUGGAGCGUUAUAUUGCCGGGUACGCCGCUGAUGGGAAGAAGAACAAGUAUGCUGAGAAUGACCGAAGAAUUCUACGUAUCCUAGAAAACGUAAACACCAAUACCUUAAGCGAGACUUUGAGGGGCAUCGCCCAUACCUACAAAAUGAACCCUUGA